AUGGGACGGAAGAAGCUCUCCAUGAGGCUGAUCGAAAACCCCACCUCCAGACAACUCACUUAUACGAAGCGCAAGGAGGGCAUCAUCAAGAAGGCCGGCGAGCUUGCAGUGCUGUGUGACACCGACGUCGCCCUCAUCAUGUUUGCACCGUCCGGCCGCCUUGCUAGUUUUGCUAGCAAUGGAAGAAUUGAGGAUAUACUACUUCGAUUUGUUGACAGGCCAGAUGAGCUUAGAGGAGGGCCUAUCAAUCACGAAGAGGAACUUGAAGAGAAACUGGACAAACUCACUAGGAAACAACGUGAGUCUCAGGAAAAAAUGAGAUAUUACGAACCUAACGUUGAAAAAAUCAAUUCAGCUAUUGAAGCAGGAGUUUACCAGCAGUUUCUUACAACUGCUAUUCAACGUAUCCAGACAUCAAAGGCCAAACUGCUAGGCAAUCAACUUGGUCUCGAAAGCACUGAAAAUGUUGAGGUGCAGGCAGCAACGAUGCAAAUGGAUGAUGCAGUUUCGUUGAUUGGUCACUCUGCUGAGGGAAACCAUGCUCGGCAGAUGAGGUUAAAUAUGGAUGAAAAUCAAAGUGGAUCAAGCUCAGCUGCAGGGCCUCAUCUCAGCCUAGGCUUCAUUGAAUCACAGAGGAUGCGGAAUAAGUCAUGCAAUAUAAGUAUGGAGUAUUGA